AUGAAAAACUUUCCUGUAUUUGUGUUUCCAGUUUCACUCGACUUUUAUUUGAAUGCUAGACAUACUCAUAAACAAUUAUUAACUGUUUAUAACCCGUACGAGUUUUCUGUAAAUUUUAAAGUAUUAUGUACAUCACCGAACAAGUUUACGGUAAUAGAUCCGGAAGGCGUGAUAGCUCCCCAAAGUUGUAUUGAUAUUGUGGUUCGCUACACACAGCCAUCUGUUACACACUGUGACACGAUGGAAAAAUUUCGCAUCACCAUGUAUGAUAGAAAUACUCAGCAGGCCUUAGGGAAAAGAGACAUUCCUACAAAAUUAAUCGAAGGUGAACCAUUAAACUUAAAUUUAGAAAGUAUGGGUGACAGUUUUCAUCCUUUGACUACAAGAGCUGCACCUAUUCGUCCAACAGAAGAAACACCAAAACCUGUCUGCCAACAUGCUUCACAUAUAAGAGAGCAGCAACCAGUCAAUGUGGUAGCUGUUGCUGUUAGUAUAUGCUGUAUUGCUGCACUUCUACUUCCUACACAACCUGAACAGGUAAUAGAAACCCAAUGGCCGGAGUGGCUUCAUAUAGGUUCUAAUCUCAAAUUGGUUUUCUCAUUUGUACUGGGUUUGGUUAGUAUGUUAGUAUUACGACCUUAG